AUGGAUCCUUUCACUGGCAUAAGUCUGGCCGCAUCAGUCGUACAGCUGAUAGAUUUUGGUAUUAAAGCUGCAAAAACCUGCCAUGGCUUGUACGAGCAUGGCUCCUCACGCGAUUUUGACGACGUGGAAAUCAAGCUCUCCCACCUAGAUACGCUCACCGAGUCGCUCAAAAGUUCUUUGCCAGACAUGGACGCGGGCGAGGUUGCCGCGUUGUCCAAGGAAGAAAAAGAAAUGAGGCAGAUCGCUCUCAAAUGCGAAGACUGCUCAGGCAAAUUACGUCAGGAGGUGUCGAAGCUACGCCCAAAAACUCGGAAGUCGUCACUCAAAACUGCGAAGAAGUUCAUUCGUGCUUCAUGGAAGCGUCGGGAAAUCUUGAGGAUGCAAGAGAAACUGGAGAGUUGGAAAAGCCUGCUAGAGUCUUCCUUACUGAACCGUUUGAACAUACGUCUUGACGCUGAGGCCGUGCUGGCCCGGCAAGACUUCACCCAAUUGAGUGCAGAUCUCCAGCGCAUUAUCAUAAGUCUUGCACGCGGAGAGACAUCUCUUGCAGCACUCAUAAGUGUGGAGCACGAGCAGACCCGUCAACAUUCCGAUUUACGUUUUGAUCAUCUCGAGCAACAUCAAGUAGACGACCGUCACUUUCAAGAGAUCAGAGAUAGUUUAUUCUAUCCAGAGAUCUUUGCCCGGCAGGAGCAGGUUGAACGAGAGUUUGAUGGCAUUGAGGAUAGUUAUCAAUGGAUAUUUGACGACACGUCACAAUUGCCAAGACCGUCUCCUGACACUUCUGAGACGAUUCAGCGACAGCCGACAUGGGACAGUUUGGUCGGCUGGCUUAAGCAUGGCAAACACGUCUACUGGAUCAAUGGGAAGGCAGGCUCCGGCAAAUCAACGUUGAUGCACUUCAUCUGUGAUAGUGGCAUGACCAAGGCGCAUCUCGAACAGUGGAGUGGGGGCAAUCAACUUUUGACGCCGAGCUUCUUCUUCUGGAAUGCUGGUGUCCAGCUGCAAAAGUGUAUUGAGGGGCUACUUCGAUCGCUCAUACUUCAAAUGCUGACCGAACGUCCAACCUUUAUUACCUCCCUUAAGGCUUUGAUGCCCGCCUCAAUCUGUAUCUUCGUCGAUGGUCUAGAUGAAUUUGAUGGCUCGUACACUGCCGUGCUUGAAUUAAUAGGUCGGCUUUCCGACCGAGCCAAUGUAAAGCUUUGUCUGUCUAGCAGACCCUUCAAAGCAUUUGAAGACGCUUUCAAGGGGGGCCCAACCCUCAAGUUACAAGAUUUGACAUUCAAAAGUAUACAGAACUACGCUAAGUCUCGGCUUGAUCCAAUUAUCGAGAAGCAAUGGUCGUGGGGUACCCCUGAAAAGCGUAGAGCCAUCGAUUUGCUUCAUGUGGUGGUGGAACGAGCGGAGGGUGUCUUUCUUUGGGCUGUGAUCGUGGUUCGGAAACUAAAGGCUGGUCUAGAGGAUCUGGUGGAUCUAGAUGAGCUUAAGCGCGAUAUUGAGCUGCUUCCCAGUGGUAUUGAACGACUCUAUCAUCACACGAUUAGCAAGAUCGGACCUGCAUACCAACGAGAUGCCGUGAGAUUUCUCUUCCUUAUAUUUCACGAAGCUGAAUUUGCAAAUGAAACAACGUUAGACCUGUACAGAUUGUUCUUCAUAUCAGAACAACGCGCAUGUGGUGAUACACCAUUGCAAUUAGGCAAGGUGGAAGAUGGAAGUCUUGUUCUCUCCUGCCAUCGUUUGAAAACACAGCUGAUGUCGCAUACGCGAGACUUUCUAGACAUAGCGCCAGCUCAGGGCGUUGACAGAAUCUAUGGUGACAUGGGUGAUCAAAACCCUGUUUUACUGCAGAAAGUCCGCCUUUUCCAUAAGUCCGCCAAGGAUUUUUUGCUGCACAAUGCUUUGACGAAGUCACUAAGAGAAGUUGCAGGUGAAGAAGCCGAAUUGAGGCUAUCGAUCGCAAGGGGCAUACUCUCGCAGCUGAACCAUCUCUCACAAAGGUCAGGAACAUUUGUCUUAGGAAGCCAAAGACUACUCUGUUCUAGCAAACAAAGAUUACUGCCCCAUUAUGAACUGCUAGAGGCAGCCAUAUCGCACAUCACAAGGGUGGAAAUAUUGCGGCAUAGCGCUCAAUCGCAGCUGAUGCAGUCAUUGCAAUCUCACAAAUUUAUGCCGAAACUGGUGACCCUGCCGAAGAAUUUUGACGCUCAUUGCGAAAGAUAUAAUCCCUUGGCAUAUGUGCUCGACGGCCCAGGGGGUACUCUCGUCGAUAUUGUCGCCAUGGCCGCGCGGAGUGGCAUGACUCGAUACGUGUGCGACGUUCUCGAUAUUCCAACGGAUGAUGAUCUUACAUGGCGAAACGUAGAUCUCGCACAGGUUGAACAGUCGCUUCACGCUGAUUUAGAAGCCGUACCAAAUCUCAUCUUGGACUUUUCUUCAGAUACUAAGAUCGACUCUCUCCACUAUCGUCAGCAAAUGAAUCACUUGUUGCGACAGAAAUCGUAUAGUCAAGCUCUGUGCCAUGUCAAUGGCGAACAUCAAAUGAACGCUAUCGUCGAGUCCUACUUGCUACAUUGUAUAAGUUCUUCGAGUGAAGAGCCUAGCCAUCACUCUUUCUUCGCUUCGAGAGGCAAUUGUCUAGAGCGCCUGACACUUGUGGGGCUCCUUUUGAACGUAGGGGCCCACCCAAUGAUGCAACUAAGGCAUGUUCUGGAUCGUCAAUCUGUGAAAAAGUACCAAUGGUGCUUUUGGAAGUCAUGGAUGCUGUUUAUGAACGAGAUUAAAGACGUUUGUCAUCAAUCCCCCUAUGAAGACGACGGGAUCGUAGAAGGCGCGCAAUUAGUCAUGCCAGACGGUGCAAGGAUUCCCUUCAAAGAAAUUUAUGACAUGACCAAGCUCUUACUGAGACAAGGGGCACAGCCUAGCUACAAAGGCAAAGGUGUCGAGUAUUGGUUCCAGGAGCCUACUGUGGCAUUUCGUGUUCUUCCCGAGGCGAUGUGUGAGCUUCAAAUAGUUUUCCGCGGCAUUCCCGAGUUUCCGAGACUUAUCGCAGCUUUUGAUCCUUCCGGGCAAAACAGAUGGGAAAGAAUAGAAUUGAAUUGCAUGUCCAAGCCUGGCGGCGUAUCAGAACCUGCAGAAGAAAAAAUCUUCCCAAAUGGAGAGGAAUGUAAGACACUUUGGCCUUUGAUAGAUUCAUGGACGGCAACCGGAGGAAGAACCCGCCAUGAAGCUACAUUGAAGCUGGCAAUACAUGAAAUCUGCAAAAUUCACAUAUUAAAUGCUCUAUCAAGCGAUGACUGCAAUUGCGAAGAAGGUGAAGUCUUUGCAAGUGUGAUAAUAUCGUCUGAUGGUUCAAGAGCGAAGUUUGACAAAUCAAGGAGAAAUCAUGAAACAUUAAGCCGUGAAACAUCUGAAUCAGAAGACGAAAUUCAAGAACCAACGAAGAGAUUCGAGGAGCAAGCCUUGAGCAUGAUCAGACAAGAGGUGAAUCAUUGCGAUGAGACAUAUAACGCUGUUGUUGCUCGAGCGUCGGGUGGGCUUGAGAGGAGGGAUGAUGAGAAUAAGGACUUGACCCGAAAGAUCUGGUUCGUGGUCGUGACGAUGCGGAAUGUGUUUGAUGUGGUGGCUGCGUUGCACAAUGCCACAAGUGCCCUAUCCGAGAUCAUAAGUGUCCGAGAGCCAACAGUGAGAAGCUCGUUCGAAUGGCUGCCUACCCUAAAUGGAGGUUUGGCGUGCAAGCAAUACUCCGCCUGGACAAAGUACAUCAUGUACAUGGGUCUGUCGGCUGCUAGCGGGGCUAUUGACUAUGCCACACCUGGUAUCGUUAAUCAUGUCCAAGACAUGACUGGAAGGCCAGUGGACGCGACUAGAAGACUAGUGCAGCCAAUCAGUUCUGUGGUAGUGGAGUUGGAGGCCUUAGGGUUUGGCGCAGGGCUCGAGGGUGAGAUCUUUCGGAGCUUCGGACGGGCUGGCAGCGACAAGCAUCAAAUCUUCUUGUUUCUCCAGGAGAAGUUAAACAAUGGUAUCAAGACAUUAUUGACGCGUCUUGAGCAUUCUUUUUUCAUGCUCUUUGAGGGCUGGGGAACUCAUGAUGACGGGAGCCUCGACGACUCUGGAAUGACAAGAUUUGCGCAGAUCGUAGCAGCUGGAGAGUUCUUCGAAUUGACCUCUGCACAGCAAGCCCUCCUCAAAUAUACUUGCCCCAACUCGGUCCAUGAUAUCUUCAGAGACACUCUCGUAUGGCAGACGCUACUUUCCGGAUGGCAUGUUGGGCAAUGCCACAUCCAUUGUACGCACAAGCCCCUGGACCCUUCUGGCUGGGAAAGGAUCGAGAAAUCACGCUUCUCGCCCGAAGUGGGCGUGAUCUGCCAAAACCAAUGCUGGAAAGACGACCGAAAGACCGCAGAAGUCGAGUUACAAGACUGGGAAAAGCUGGAGCAAUUGGGAUUCACCCUGCAAGAUUUCCAGACCCAAUCCUGGAACGCCUGGAAAUCGCAACGCUAUCACUUCUCUGAAGAUGGCCCAAUCAACAUGGCUGAUAUGCUUCCUGACGAGCUCCGCAGGAUCACACACAACGGACUCGAAAUAUGCAUGUCGCCCAUGGCACCGGACAACUUCUUCGAGAAAAGAAACCGCGAUAAAGUUCUUCCUUGUGUCUGCGGCAACGAAGGUGAUGUCGUCGGGAACGAAACGCUGGCCUUCUUCGACGCAAUCGCCAUCCAGGAUUGGAAAGGCUGGACAGAGGAAGGCGCUUUGAUGUUCUUACAUCCUGACGCCGGUCUGGGGCGCGGUGAAGCCUGCCAAACGAGUUUUAACCACGAUCAUACGAACCCGGUCACGAUGUUCUUGACGCACUGCCAGUUCGGAAAUCAUUGGCCUGCCGGUGAGAGAAAGGAACGGUAUUGGGAAAUCGGGGAAGAUCCAAGGUGUGGGGAUUUCAAAGCGGCUGUGUCGGGUUUGGUCGCUGGCGGGAUGAAUCUGCAUGAUCUCACGUGCAAGAUGUGUUUUGGGAAUGAAGUGGGGAAGCAGGUGAAGAAAAAGCAGGCGAACCAGUGGAGAGGGUUUCCUAAGACCCCAUUCUACGACUUGAACAAGCUCGGGAAAGGGAGGGAUAAGUACAAUUUCAAGGAGGCUUGCAGGAUUUUUAAGAAUGAGCACCUUUGUUGA